AUGACAAGGAAGAUAUGUAGUGAGGACAUUCUAAAAGGUACUAGAAAACGAGCCCCGGAGAUUCCUGUGAUCGGCCUUACUGCAAAUGUGAAUGGAGAUAAUAAGUCCGUCAGCACUGAUGAGAUCGCGCCCCCGUCAGAAAGCAGCACAAACGACCCUAAUACACAUGUGGACCUGAAUUCUUCUGUAUCGGAUAAAACAAAUGCCAAAAUUACUCCAGAACUCUCCACUUUGGUGUUGCAUGAUCCAGUAUUCACGGAUAGACCUCUUCAACUGAUGUCGGAAAACGACACUUCGAUUGGAUCUUCAGUCAGUACGCUUUGGAACAAUAACAACCGAAACACCCCGUGUCACAGCCCUGGGUUCCGAACGAAGAAAAUUCCUAUCAGAAUAAAUGUUCCUGUUAGUUGUCGUCGUCUGGUCGAACUCUAUUCUCGUUUGGAACAACUCAAUCCAUAUCUGGGGCCAUUGAAACCGGGUUACAAUGAGUGGAUCCAACAAUUCGCCCUGUAUCGCUAUGAGACCUUCUGGCUUCCGCUUGCUGCUGAGCACAAGCUGUGUGCAGGAGCUCCACUGGAUGUACAGGCAAUUUGGAUAUCUCACAUGAUGGACCCACUGAUUUACAGACAGGAUUGUCAAAGAGUGGCCGGAAGAGUAGUCGAACAUCGGCUAGUUUCACGUCGCAAACUGCGUCAGCUGACCGAUAAAGCUCGCGGUCUAUGGCAAAGGCACUACCCCAAAGAACCUUUCGACUUCGAUCCAAACCGAACCGGAUAUGCUGAGCUCCUCGAGGCGCAAAACCCCAAAUACGGACGACCAGGUCGCGUUUCCGGUGAGGUGUUAAACAUCGCUCGGUGUCAGUCGCAUUUUUCCUAUCAGGUGGAUUUUCUGGAAUCUGCUGAACGCAGAUACAAACAAUUUCUUUUUGUUCGCAGACUGCAAUGUCAAAUCGCACACUACUUACAGCCGCAGGUUAGUGACGUUCGAGUAGAUGGUCAAUGGGUGCGGGCACCAGACGAGGAACCCACACCGAUCUCCAAUCCCGGAACCGAAUCUCGACAUGGUCUCUAUGUACCGAUCGAUAUUGAACUAGUUUGGCGAGCACAUUUAGUUCAUCCCAAGUUCUAUGCACGUGAUACAAGUUGUCUGUACGGAAAAAUGCUUCCACACCCCUGUCGACCGUUUGAUGACACAAUGCUCACCUACCUCAGUGAUGUGCACUUUCCAUUGACAACUUUAACUCAAGGCUUAUACACCACACCAAAAGCAACCAAUAAUCCGACUGUCGGUUUUACUGACCUGUGGAAAGCACAUUUUCCAGAAAGUGAGCUUUAUCGAGCGGGAUCUUGUGACCGUGGAGUUCCUCCGCGAGAACACCUGAGCGAAUUGAACCAUACGGAGAUUUACCGCAUGGCCACAAAAUUCACGAAUAUUUCGCUUAACAGCGUAAUUGCACGUUUUGAUCCUAAUCUGGAAAAGUUCGCAAUCCGUAUUCGUCAUCAUCAACACAAGCCCCAUCAGCCGCAAGUAUCAUCACUACAACCCUCUGAUGCGACCCCACCCAUCAACCGAGCUGGAUCACUUGUCACCUCCCCAAUCCGGUCAACACAUCAAUCACCACAGAAUCGGGUGACAACAAACCCGGCUUGGGAUCUGACACCCAUUCCAUACCAGUACUCGCAUCAACCAGGCACAAUUGGAGAGUGCAUUUGCAAACUUCAUCCACCAGGUAGAAUAUGGACCGGAUCGGAUACCGCUCGACCGAUAGUACAAUUCACAAUGAUCUCCGGUGCUCACGAUCAGAUAGCGAUUGAUUUAGUCGACAAACGAGGCUGGCUGUGUCCGAGCAAUCGCUUGAUUGGUCGUGGACUGCUUCAACUGACCUCGGCGAUCGAACGAUUCAAAGCAACCAAUCCCGUUGAAUUGGAACUCACGUGUCCGCUUCAAACGGACUCUUGUAGAGAAGAGGAUGGAAGUCACAUAUCGCAGAAGAACAACCCAAAAGGAUCAGCACGAAACGGGUCAACAAGUUUCGGAGAUAAGAUUCGACCAAUCAAAGAGAGAGUUCUGAAUCACUUGGACGAACAGGUAUUGACGGUGCGUGUUUUGCACAAUGUUGUUCAACGACUCUCAGUGGUUCAAGUUUGGUCGGGGAAUCGAUUGCUGAGCACUGGUCAGAUGAUUGGACGUGAACAAUUACCCGAGUGUCAGCAAAAGGCAAAUGGUCCUAGAUCGAGUGCAAAGUCCAAAGAAAACGGGACGCAAUUUGGUCUAAACUGGCAACAGAAUGAACGAGCCAUAUUGAUCAAAGAUGCUCACAGUGACUGGUGUGUUCUGAUUGGACGAUGGUCAGACUUCAAACGAUUCCCGGACCCCAUGUGGUCGGGUGAGCAAAACGGGCAAGAAUCAGAUGUUGCCGGUACGUGUGCAACACGCGGUAGAGGAGGACACUUGUCCUUACGGGUGCGAUGGCUUACAUCCCCGGAAUCAAAGCAGUUGUUUGCUCAAAUCCCGGACAAUGUGAACAGCUCAUCCAUCAUACUUCAAGAUACUGCAGUCAACAUACAGACCGGGGAAAUCCAUAUCAGUAAAGAAUGUCAGGAUGUCGCUCAAAAUGUUUGUCUGGCAUUCUGUUGCGGUCUGAUGCAUGUGCUCUGCCAACCUCGAAUUCUUACUCAGGAACAAGGAUUCAAAUCGAUUUGGGACGCAGGCUUGCUUUCGAACUACCCAAGCUCUUCAAGCAAGCUUAUACAAAGCCAGUCCGCUGGAUCCGUGCAUGAAGUCGAUCCGGAACAGCCGUCCAUCAUGACAACAUCAACUUCAUUCGAUUCGAAUAACAUUAUUCAGCUCAUUGAUAAACCCCCAGUGAAAGGUCAUCCAACUGCAGAUGGGGGUACGAAAAGGCAAGGGAUUGAAACAACCAAACUGUUUUGGAGUCUCAGUUCAACAAUAUCGAAAGAAUGGGAACCGAUGAAGACUCGACUAUUACGAGACGGUUGUCCUGAAGAGUUCACAGCUCCGAAGGGAACAAAAAGCACAGCUUCAUUCAGUCCGAUAGAGAUACUGGGUCAUGCUUUAUUCAGUAUAGCUUCGGACAGUUCAACUCAUCCUCAGCCCAGUGAAUUACGCGGAUCCUCAAACGACAUUGUGGAUCAGCAGAAUGGAGCAUCUAUCUACGGUACCCUGGAUCAUUCGUUCCGCACCAUGAGCUCCACGCAUAUAUCCACGCGUGGUCAACUUACAUCACUUAACUUUGUCCUCUGUCGAUCUGCGGGCUUGCCCAUAGAUACACUCAUCCCGAGUAUACAACUGACAAGAUAUAUAGAUCGUACGAAUCAGCUGAAUACUUUCCUAUCAGGUUGUACGGAUGAAGUGAAAUCGGGGCAGAAAAAUGGUGUUUUACUCAUGAAACCCGCGACAAACGGUAUUCCGCCGAACAACCGAAAUCUAAUGUCAACCGCAAUAUCGGAAGAACGCUCACAACAUGCCAGAGAAUUGGUGACAUUGUUUAUCUGUGGUGAUUUAAACGAAGCUGCGAUUUUGACUUUUGAGAAACCUCUGUUCAUUGUCCUAUACUCGGAUCGGUGA